AUGGCGGGAGGCAAGCAAGAGGCCAUGGCACAGAGCCAAGCACAGAGGGGAGGCCAGCGGGAGGCCAAGCACGAGGCCACGGCGGGAGGCAAGCACAGAGGCCAUGGGGGAGGGCACGAGGAGGCCAAGCACAGAGGCCAUGGCGGGAGGCCAAGCACAGAGGCCAUGGCGGGAGGCCAAGCACAGAGGCCAUCGCGGGAGGCAACGCAUGGCGGAAGGGCAAGCACAGAGGGCAACAGAGCCAAGCGGGAGGGCAGGACAGAGGCAUGGCGGGAGGAGCACACAGGCAGGGGGGUGGCGCCAAGCACAGAGGCCCAUGCGGGAGGCCAAGCAAGAGGCAGCCAAGGUACAAAGCACAGGAGGCAUGGCGGGAUGGCCAAGCACAGAGGCCAUGGCGGAGGCCAGGCAGCAGAGGCAUGGCGGGAGGCAAGCCACAGAGGCCAUGGGGAGGCCAAGCACAGAGGCCAUGGCGGGAGGCCAAGCAAGAGGCCAUGGCGGAAGGCCAAGCACAGAGGCCAUGGCGGGAGGCCAACACAAGAGGGCCAUGGCGGGAGGCCAAGCACAGAGGCCAUGGCGGGAGGCCAGCACAGAGGCCAGAGGCCAAGCAACAGAGGCCAUGGGCGGAGGCAAGCACAGAGGCAUGGCGGGAGGCCAGGCCAGAGGCCAUGGGGAAGGCCAAGCACAGAGGCAUAG